GGUUUUAAAGCGGCGCUUUUAUUUUGCAUAUUCCAGACCGGAUGUGACGUGACGCACGCAGCCCAGUGAAGCUUCAACAGCGUUCCCCAUGGACGAAGAAAACUGCUCUGAAAUCACGAACGCAGGCGGCGGUCUUCCUCUGGCGUCCCUGCGGCUGCUGGUGCCUCCGCUGCGCCUGAUGUCUGCCUUCAUGUGGCAGGUGCUGCAGCAGAAGAGCGUGAUGCAUUAUGGGAAGCUGGAGGAGUUUGUUUCCAUGGUGACGGAGACUCUGCCGCAGCUGCUGGGAUACAGACAGAGAGUGCAGCUGAUGCUGGGUCUGAGAGCCCGGAUGGUGUUGGAGUUGUGUCGUGGUGCGGUCAGCGUCAGAUCCGUGCAGCUCCAUCUGGACAGAACACAGAUUCCAGCAGCUGUGCCUGGACACACGGGUCCUGACGCUGAUCUCAGAACAUCCCUCACUAAUUUCAAAGCUCUGGUUCUGGCGCUGCUGAAGGACCCGGUGGAGAAAGCCUACUUCUUCCAGGAGGUGUUUCCGGUGGAGUACGGGGCUCGAUUCGACACGGCGCUGAAGGAGCUGAUGUGGGAGCUGCUCUCCGGCCUGGAGAAACUGCUUCCUGUGCCAGACUUCCAGAAAACGCUGGCGUGGCUCAACCCUGCCCCCGCUGGUCUGGAGGACUGUAUGUGGAGCGACCCGAACGACCUGCUCCUCCUCCUGCAGCAGCACCAGCUGUUCGGAGAUGCAGAAACUCACAGCUGGCAGAAAGUGGGCGCUCCUCCUCGCUCAUCUGGAGACUGCAUCACCUCCUCUCUGUCCAUCCCUCCGUCUGCACGCAUGGCUCUCGCCGCGGAGCCGCUUCUGUACCACGUCCAGCCGUCGCCGGUGUCCAUCUUGAGUCCGGCCGCUCUGGGUCAGCUGUGCUCGGACACCAUCAUCGUCACAGACUACACGGAGGUGGAGCUCAGCAGCCAGGAGGAGUCCGAGGAGCUGAUGGAGAAGGAGGACGCUGAGGGCGUAGAGGUGCUGCUCGUAGACCAGAGUCCUGCUGUAUCUGCAGAAGAACCUGCGCUUUUCACUGACAAGCCAACACAAGAUGACGCUUCACACGGAGCUGCGAGUGACGCCCCAGCAACAACAUCCCAUAAUGAGACGCAGAGUGACCACAAUCUAGAGGACGAAGUCUUGAAGGAUGAAUCCAGUCGGCAGACCCUAAAGGAUGAGCGAGACAGGGCUGACAUCGGUCCUGAUGCAGGAAGUGACGCGUCUGCACCAAAGGAAGUCAAAACGUCCGUAUCAGACGCUGAGCAGAAACUGCCGCAGCGGAGAGGCCGAGGAAGACCCAGGAAAACUACAGAGACGACUGACCAAACAAUCGUGGAAAAAACGCCAUGUCGACGAGAACGACCUGCGUCAGUUAAACCGGAGAACAGCGCAGAGGAACGGAGUGCUGUCACACCACAUGGAGAGCGUAAAGAUGGCUCUGGCGAGCCGGCCAGGAGACCUGAAACAUCUGCGAACAAAGCAGAAACUUCCACCGGCCCGUAUCACACACGGAAAACCUGCAAAAGUGAGCCGCCGCCCACCGACAAUCCUCGCGCUCGGCACGCGUGCGACACCUGCGGCAGGAAGUUCACACGCAGAUCAGAUGUCCAGCGGCACCAGCUGACGCACACGGGCGAGCGUCCCUUCCACUGCAGCCAGUGCCAGAAGACGUUCCAGCACGCCUGGGAUCUGACCAAACACUGCCGCAAGAUGCACGGAGAGGCCAGCUUCACCUGCCGGAUCUGCCAGAGCGCCUUCGCCAACCUGCGCCUGCUGACAGCGCACCACAAGAAGAGCCACGCCGACGCGCUCCCGCACUACUGCUCCAUCUGCGGCGAGGCCAGUGCCACGGUCAGCGCCCUCGUAACGCACCGCAAGACCCACAGCGCCACACAGCAGUACCGCUGCGACCAGUGCGGAGAGGCCUUCGACACGCUGCUGCAGAGAUCUCUGCACCGCCAGAGCCACCGCAGGCGCCACCAGUUCAGAUGCCCUCAGUGCGAGAAAACCUUCACGCGGCGCACCGACGUCAAAAGACACCAACUGAGCCACACGGGCGAGCGUCCACAUCAGUGCUCCAUCUGCGGAAAGCGCUUCGGGCUCCGCACCGGGCUCCAGAAACACCUGGUGACGCACACCGGCGAGCGUCCGUUCCAGUGCCCGCACUGUGAGAAGAGCUUCACGCAGCUGUCCAUCCUGCGGCGGCACGAGCGCAUGCACACGGGUGAGCGGCCCUACCUCUGCUCGCAGUGCGGGAAAUGCUUCCUGUCGCUCGGGGAGCUCAUCAAACACGAUAAGACACACGGCGACGAGCGCCCGCACUCCUGCCCGCAGUGCCACAAGAGCUUCAAGUUCAAACGAGCCCUGCAGGAGCACCUGCUGUCCCACAGCGGCGCGCGGCCGUUCCCCUGCAUCUACUGCGGGAAGAUGUUCGCCAAGCCCUUCGCGCUGACCAGACACCACCUGAUCCACACGGGCGAGCGGCCCUUCUCCUGCGGUCACUGCGAGCGCACCUUCCUCACCUCCACAGAGCUGGCUCUGCACGAGCGCAUCCACACCGGAGAGCGGCCCUUCUGCUGCACCGCGUGUCCCCGCCGCUUCCGCAGCUCCUCGGAGCUCGCCAGACACCGCCGCAGUCACUCGCAGGUGCGGCCCUACAGCUGCGCAUACUGCCCCAAAGCCUUCGCCAGCGCCGCCAAACUCAAGAACCACACCAGGAUCCACACGGGCGAGAGCAAACCCAAACGCCCCGCCGUGACUGUUUCAGAAGUAAGCGUCACUUUAGAGUAGACGGCCGUUCAGUCGGGAAGAAAACCCUUCAUUGUGUGACUUGUGUACAGUGUCUGUGUGAUUAGAGCUGCUUCUGUUGAUGUGACUGCACUGUAUUCAACUCUGAUCAUUAUUGUUGAAGAAUUUUAUACCAUAUGUAACCAUAUUAAAUUCAUUAGUUCUCAACUCAAGAACAGAUACUUCAUCUUUAAUGUGAAACUGAAGAAGACUUUCUGAGGAGCUUAUAUGCAGUCGGACUGUGAAAUGAGAAGCUUCUCUCUUCAUGUGGUUCAGACGGAGCUGCAGGUGCUUUCUGUUCUUGAGUCAUUUAUAUCUUCAGUAGAUUAAGAGUUUAUUUUAUUAUGCUUUUUUUUUUUUCAAAGUCUGUUCAUUGGAGUUGUGUAUCAAAAUAUAAGCAGUACAGAAAUAUCUAGAACUUCACUUAUCCCACUCUCUUACACUUAAGAUGCAUAAAUUAAUACAUGUAAAUACAAAAGCUUCUUUAGAAAGGCAAGUAAUAUGCCAAGGAAAUUAAGUUAGAAAUCAUCAGAUGUCCUAACCUUCAUUUGCUGAUCUCUUAGAGUCGCUGUGGUUUCAGCCUCAACCUCACAUUGUACACAGAGUUUCUUUAGUGUUUUGGAAACAUGGAUACCAGCAGAAAGUGUGAAUGGGAAGGAAGGAAAUAAAAUGUGGUUUGCAGAACAG